AUGACAAAUCCACACGGCCCAACCCUCGAAGACCCAAGCAACGCAACCCGCGCAACCCCAACAAUAACCCCAGAAGCCGCAGUCCUCCACAUCGGCAGCUCCACCUUCAUCAACGCCCCAGCAGCCAAAGUAUGGGAAAGCCUAACAGACACAUCAACUUGGCCAGCCUGGAACUCCUUCGUUCCCCGUGUGACCAUCCGCUCACAACCUUCCAAUGCCACAAAUGAAACCACCGACCUCUCCCCAAUCCUCCAAAAAGACACCCGGUUCAUCUUUCACGUACGCAUGGACCCAACCUCAACCUCUAAAAAGCCCCAAGCAGCAACAGACGUCUAUGGCCGCGUAACGGAGUGCUCAGCACCGAACGCGGAGACGGGCGAGAUCGGCCGCAUUGUUUGGGGCGUUGAUCCUGAUGCGCCGGGCGCGCAUUCACUGUCCAUGCUGAAGGCGGAGCGGGUUCAUGAGGUGAAGGCUGUUGAGGGUGGGACUGAGGUGAGGAAUUGGGAGGCGCAGACUGGGUGGCUUUGUUAUGUUGUAAGGCUUAUGUAUAGGGCGCGGUUGAGGGCUAAUUUCCAGCUGUGGGUUGAUGAUUUAUGCCGGUUUGUUCAGUUGCCGGCUGCGGGUGGAGAUGUAUCUGGCAGGGAAAACAUCGCUGUUGAUGAAACUGGUGAUCGCAUGCCGGGUGAUGUGGCCUCUGCUUGA